AUGGUUAAUUUUGACAACUACUUUUACCAUAUACAGCUACAAAAUCAAUUUCAUACGUGGGGAGUUGUAAAUCUUCGUAGAUUACAUCCCAAUAUCUCUUGUAUUCGUUGUUAUCCUCCCUUUGAAACCACUGAGAAAUUCAAUCGAUUUUGGACUUGGUUUACUACUGAAUACCCAAGUGCCAUUGCAUACACUAGAAAUUCACAACGAUAUUUUAGAAGAUUAAUUAAUUUGGAGAAUCCGCAGCAUAUUUGGAAAACUAUUGCAUUUUUAAUCUUUAGUAUUCGCUUUGAUUCUGAACCAAAACCAUACGACGAGCUUCGUCAGGAUCUUUAUUCAUAG